AUGCUUCAGGGGACUUUCUCCCCCUUCAAGCCGUCCAAAGAACAAAUCGAACAGUCAUCAGUAGGACCACGAUCCUACCGGCACGUCAACUUUCCGGACGACGAUGAGGAGAUAGUGCGCAUCAACCCUCGGGAAAAGAUUUGGAUGACUGGAUACAAGGAUUAUCGCCAUGCCCCAGCACGAGGAAAGAUCUUCGAUCCUGACGACAUGGACUCCUAUGUACGUUUUGCCAAAAGCGAGGCCUCGAAACACGAAUACACUUAUCCUUACGUAGACAACUCGGACUUUGACCUGGGUGAAGAUACCAAGGUUGCUGUGAUAAAGACUCAGCCUGUCAAAUUCAAGGCCAGGAGGAAGGAAGACGAUGAGAGGUUGCGGUGGGUGUACUGCAGGGACAUGUUCAACCACGAGGAGAACAAGCGGGGUCAAUGCCAGGAUGCUCCAGACCGCGUCAAGACUUGGAUCCAUCGAGUGAGCUGUAUGUGGUGCGCAGACACUAUGCUCUGUCACUGUAUGUCCGACCCAGAAGGAGACUAUACAGAUCCUUGCUCGUGCGACACCAGUGAUGAAAUGUUUUGCCUCCGGUGGAUGGCCCUUAUCGCCUUGUCUUUCAUUGCUCCAUGUAUGUGCUGUUACUUGCCGCUUUGGGCUUGUUACCGCUGUGGGGUCAUGUGCAGGUGCUGUGGUGGGAAACACAAAGCUGCUGUAUGACUACAGAUGCGUUCGAAGUGUUAGGUUUGUCCCGUAGUUCAAAGGAACACAGUUGGUUUUGGAGCACUGAGGUCACUGCACUUUAAUGCAGCCGCUGUGCCCGACGGCAUCCGGAAACCACCAGUAUGAUCACUUUACAUUGGGUCAUCUGGGGCUCACACUGCAUUGAUUUGCUCAUCAACUGUUUCUAACUAACUAACCUACAGCAUAGACUUUUGUAUUAUUAAUCUGUAAUCAAAACAGACUCUUGUACAUGUUUUUUGGGGUUUUUUUUUGGUUUUUUUUUUUCGUUUAAAAUGAGUUUGAGAGAAGAACUGCUUUAAAUGGUGGUGGAUUGUAGAACAUCUCCAGGUUGUGUCUGUCUUGCCUCUGCUUGUGUGGUACCAUCAGCGUGUUUAGCAAGCUUUGGCAUUUUGAGAAAUGGGGCGGUGUAGUGAAUGAGAUCUCACUUGGAAGAUAUUUUAACUUACUGUCAAGCUAUCAUGUGUGUAUAGAAGGUGUGCUAGUAACAAACUUGUACCACAACACAGUGUUUCUGUCAGUGGUUUUCUUUGGGUUUUUUGUUCUGUUUUCCAAAGCUAAAAUAGCCAUCUGAGCUGCAGUUUCUCAUCUAGGGUCCAUCAUCAUUUCCUUCUGCAAACAUCUUAAAUUAUUUCUCUGUUUGUUAAAGCUCUGUGAACAGAAAGUAAGGCUCAGUUACCAUUGUCACAUAACCAUUGAGAAUCCAGUAGUCCUCCUUACGUGUAAAUCAUUUCAGACCACUACUUGAAAGGGAAACUGAAAUUUUAGGCUUUUCUCUUUUCCCUGAAUAACAUUGGAAAAAUGUGUUUUCAGAGCUCUGCCCAAAAAAGAAAGGGAACUUCUUCAUUGGCCAGCAACGUAGAGAUCUGUGAAUAAAACACUAAGGUUCCAGAUGAGGAAAACUGUUGAUAUGCAAAGAAUUACUAACAAUGCAAUGUCAAAAGCACUAUUAUGGCAAUUCUGGGGAAAUGCUGCAUUAAGUGGUGGAUUAUAUAGGAAAUCGUGUGUGUUUGUUUUCUGUAUACAUGAGCAUGAGAACAUUUGCGUCCACUGUAGUAAAAACAUGUAGCAAUCUAAGCAGGUUAUUUAAAAAAAAAAAUCCAUGGGAUGGAGCAUGAGUGUCUUUGCAGGAGCCAGACUGAGGUGUCUGCCUGGCUUUCCCCCUCCCCAGUUCACCACCCAGGUUUAUCAAGUGGAUGCAUGAGGUGCAUACAGCAAGAUAAUAUUACUUUUGAUUUCUUUUUUUUUUUUCCUAAUUAUUUUUUUUAAUGUCAUGUUGUCUUGUGUACAAGGCUUGUAAUUAGCUUGGAAAAAGAGUAUUUUUCUAAUAUAUUACAAGGAAUAGCCAAAUAAUUAUUAAAAAAUAAAUUAAAAAAAAGAUUUAGCGCAGUGAGCUCUAACUAGCAUAGUACAAUCGGAAUACUUUGAGGCAGCUAGGGAUUGGCUUGUCAAGGCUGGCACUGCUGUUCCUGCCAUAAUUUCUUUCUGCAGUAAAUUGCCAGUGGGCGCAUGUCCUUUCCCUCUCUCUAUUGCACAUUGACAUCAGUCUUAAAAGAGAGGAUUUUUUUUUUUUUAAAGAAUUAAUUUGCCAAAUAAAUGUAAAAGGAAUGCUUGCCGUUCUUUCUUGGUGGAAUGUCCCAACGGUUCCUCUGAGAGUUAAUCACAGCUUUUUAGUCAACCAUUAAGUAUGCAAUGUGCUUGUUGUACACUAUAGAGUUGGGUAAGUUUAAUUCAUAGCAGUUACUGGGGAUUUUUUUCAGGUGGAGAAAAAAAAAUUGAAUGAUAGUGGAAAAGGGAUGGAGUGUUACACUCUGGGUGAUGUGUCUGGGUUUGCUGAAUGAAAUACAAAUAUUUUGUGCCUAAUAGCAGUUGACAAAUCUCUCAAUGGUGUCUAGUAAACAUCAAGCCAGCCUCGUAAAAAAAAAAAUAAUUAAUGAAGUGACCUUUUCCUUUUAUUUCUGUUCUCAAAAGUUGUUUCAUGUAAACAAACACCUGUAAGAUCUUCUCUCUAUAAAGCACAACACUACAAAAAGAUCUUACAGUUUUUUGUCUGGUCUUGAAGUGCCCCUAUUUAUUUAAGUAAAGUAGACAUACUCCAAGCCUUUCUGCAUGUCUGAAAAUAAAAGUUAUAAAAAAAAAAAGUCCCUCUUUUUUUUAUUUUUGUUUUUCUUUCCCUCCUCCUUCCUCCCUCUUCUCUUGGGUUUUUGUAAUACUUGUAGAUUUCGCUGCAUACGUUAUUUGGUUCAUGAUGGCAGUGGUGUAAGGGCACAAGGAUAGAAAUGGGUGGCUUUUUGUAAAUAUUUCUCCUUAAUUUCCACACUGCUGCUGAACAGUGUGUAGCAUUCUCCCAGUCAGCUUUACAAUACUGACAUCAAUCAUUUGAGAGAAAUUAUUCAGAUUUUAUUUUUGUAUCUGUUGUAACAAAAACAUUAACCAAUUUUUUUUUUUUUUUCCUCUUGUGGAAAGGUUUUGGGUUUUGGG